AGAAGAAAAAGAAAACCGGUAGUAUAUACGCGCAACGAUAAUUAUAGAUGAACCAAUCUUGUUCUUCCCGUUGCUCCUAUUUUUUAGUGUAGGUACUAUUGUAGGUAUUAUCCACUUCUCUUGCUUUAUUGUCUCUUUUUUUUUUCAUUUCAUCUCCGCUCAAGCGACGAAACUCUAUUUUCUGUUUUCCCCUUGGUAGCUAGGGAGGUUUUUUUUUUUGAGGGGAGGGGGGCUCGUAGUAUCCAAUGCUUCGUCGCACGUUGCUGUCUCGUGUGCAUCUCUUCACGGCCCUCGUCCCGCAAGUGAAGGUGCAGGGUCCGCACUUUCUCACCGCAGAUGAAGUGACCGCCGCCGCGGCAGCCCUCGAGGAACGCAAGGCCUACCUGAACGUUCCGCAGCUCACCCAAGGCAUCGAGUCCCUCAGCAACAUAGGUACCGCGCAUGAGCAGCGCGACGCCAUUGGCAAGUUUGCGAAGAGCGUUGACGAACUCCGCGCGCAGCUGUACCGCAAAGACAGCAUUGACCCUCGUCGACGCUUAGAAAUUCAUGAAGCCAUCAUGGCGGCUGGCUUCUACGAACGCGUCAUCAGCGUCACCCAGCUGGAAGGUGAGGGGAUCCGUUACGUGUUAAACCACUACAAUUUUGAUGUCCGACGUGACACCACGAUCACCUCGAAGGUGCACGAGACGUUGCUGGAGGAGAAGACGACCACGGCCGAAUCGGACCAGCUUCUGCGCGAACUGCUGCUGCUGGAGCGCCGCCUUACCGGCGAGUAUCGCUUCUCUCAAUCUGGCGGGCGACGCUGGUUUGCGUUGGGUCUGCCGCUAUCGGAAAUUACGACCGAGACGGAGGCGCAGCGACUGAUGAACCUGGACGUGAUCAAGAGCGACGGCAACCUGACGAUGGCCGAGGUGGACUCUAGCAAGAUGUGGAAAACGGUCACUAUCAAGCCGAAUGGGGAAAGCCACACGACGUUUGCGGAGGCAGCCGGCAUCUUCAAGGACGGCCGCGCGGCGGAUGUGGUGUUUGAGCUGCGUGUGCAGAAGCCGAUUCCCCCCUUGGACUAUUGGGAGCGCCUGCGAGAGACGCUGCUGCACUACUGGGUGUUGUGGUUUGCGCUCUGGGUUUCCUUCUUCAUGGUGGAUGAGGAGAUCAUCACGCUUGUAGCUCUCAUCUUUUUGAAGCACAAGCAGACGCAGAUUCUGGAGGAGGAGGCAGAGAAGUCCGGAGGAAAGGUAUACGUCGCCUCCGCCACCGGUCGCGCACACGCCUGA